UACAUGACUUGUAUUACUUGACACACUAUUCAUGAUUGACUCUUGUUGACGAUAGUUACCACUAUGAAUUCAACAACCAAAGUACUCUUCAUACCCACCCUCACGAACAAUAUCUCAAGAACAGCGAGUCGAGGCCUCGCUACCUCAGCCUUGACCACAGCUGCCAGGGGAUCAGCUUUUCGAGCAAGCUAUGCUGCCCUUCGACCGUUAAAUCAACCCUCACGACGGAACUUCUCGGUCUCCAGCAGAACACAACUGGAAUUCUUUCCUCCACCGAAAAACGCCCCAAACAUCAGAGUAACACCUGCAUCAUGGCCGCACGAAGAGGCGACCGAGGACCAACUCAAGAAGAUCGAGAUAGCUCAUCGUGAAACCCGCACGCUUUCCGACAAAAUCGCGUACAACAUGGUGAGGUUCCUGCGUUGGGGAACAGACCUUGCGACGGGAUACCGUCACGACCCCAAUAAGCCCUACAUUAUGAACGAGAGGAAAUGGCUGGUCCGGUUCAUUUUCCUCGAGACGGUCGCUGGGGUGCCCGGCAUGGUGGGAGGCAUGUUGAGACACUUCCGCAGCUUGCGGAGAAUGAAGAGAGACAAUGGAUGGAUCGAGACGUUGCUGGAAGAUGCGUACAACGAGCGGAUGCAUCUCCUGACCUUCCUCAAGAUGGCUGAACCAGGCUGGUUCAUGAAGCUCAUGAUCAUGGGAGCGCAGGGUGUCUUCGCCAACGGCUUUUUCCUGGCCUACCUUGUUUCUCCAAAGAUCUGCCACCGGUUUGUCGGCUAUUUGGAGGAAGAAGCGACCAAGACAUACACUUAUGCCAUCGAGGACUUGGAGAACGGCAAGCUGCCGGCGUGGCAGAAUCUCGAAGCCCCCGACAUCGCAGUGAGUUACUGGAAAAUGCCGGAGGGCCACCGCACCAUGAAGGACCUCCUCUACUAUAUCAGAGCCGACGAGGCCAAACACCGCGAAAUCCACCACACCUUGGGCAACCUUGAUCCCACCCAAGAUCCGAACCCUUUCGUCUCGGUGUACAAGGACCCAGCCAAGCCUCAUCCCGGCAAAGGGCUCGAACACAUCAAGUCCACGGGCUGGGAAAGAGAAGAGGUCAUCUGAGGUGAGACAACAGCCGACGCUGAUAUUCCUGUACAAUAAUAUACUGUAAAGAGGAUUAACUGGGUGGCUCGGCAAUGAGCCAUGGGACGACGCAACGGAGCACUUGAUUCAUGGGAGACGAGUCGCGUUGCCACAGUUAGGUCGCGUUUGUCUGCAGCCUUGUAUGCAAUCCGGCUGGAUGCAGCCACUGCAGCAGAGGUUGUGAUUAUGGUUUUGGUAGAGGCCAUCGGCGCUCAUGUGUCAGUUCUGUGCAUCGACGCCUGUCGGUGGCCGAGCAAACAAUUCUCCAUUUCAGAGCUAGAAACAAGAAGAAGCCGACCCGGUAUAAACAAAUAGAAGUUAAAAAGUGUUGUUUGUAGAGGUGGCGCCGGCAGC